AUGGUGGAAUACGUCACUCGAGGGGUCUGCGGCCAAGAAGGAUGCCGGACACGGCGCUACUAUCUUGACGAGGGCCUAUGGUUCUGCAAGCGCGGCCACCGACAAGUGGGCGUCCAAGUCGAAGAAGAUCCAGAGGAUUUUGCAAAGCAGGGCAAGACGCAUCGGGUGAAACGCGCCGCGACCGAGAAGUCUAGAAAGACAUAUCGCGGUCGUCAGGCAUAUACGCUUUUCCUGCAGGCCUACCAGUUGAUCCUCUGGAAACAGUGUCAUGUCUUGGUUCGCGAGCAAGGCUUUCCCGAGCAGUUCGAGAACGUCGUUCGCGACCUCUGGGCUCUCCGGCUGCAGGACUACGCAUUGAAGAUCAAUGAAUCCCUCGAGGAGGACGAAUCGGAGCCCGAGCUCUUCAGUUCGCAGCCAACCGAAAAGGACGAGUCGCCAGAGCUAGGCUUCAAACCCCGUGGGAAGUACCUAGCCUGGCCUCGUCUCAUCGAUUCCAUCGGGCUAUGUUAUCUAGCUGCCCUCGUAAUGAGACUUCCGAUUUGUGUCAGUGAUUUUCAUCGUCUGGUCAUCCGGCAAGACGUUCCCUACAUCCGAGUCGUGAGGGAAAUCCCGCGCGAGAUGAGGGAUAAAUUUCCCCCAGAAUACCUAUCACUGCUCGAGGUCAGCAAACUCCCGAAAGCUGGCCACUUCCAGCGAGCCUUCUUCGAGCUGCAGUUAUUUUACGAGCGUCGCUUCGGAGUCGUCAUCCCUCCACUAAACUCUCCUCUCAUUCUGUAUCGUCACAUUAAGAGACUGGCGGUUCCAGUCGAGGUAUACGAGGCAGUCAAGAAACUGCAAGAUAUAGUGGGUUUCACAUACCAAUAUCCCUUUCGAAAACAAGGGCGCAAAACGCCGCUCCACCUGCCUGAUGUCCAGAUCAUGGCUUUGAUCGUCAUUGCUACGAAACUACUAUUCCCAUUUGAUAACGUAAAGCGGUAUCCGACUACGAGCAAUGAGCCUGCUGCUCAGACCAUGGACUGGAAUAUCUGGGCGCAGGCACACAGACACUUCGACAGCCAUGACCGUCCUGCUGGCGACAUCGGGAAGGGCAAUGCUAUCCACGUCACUGAUAAAGACGUGCUGAAUAUGACCCCGGCUCAGAUGGACCAGUACAUGGACUGGUAUGCAAACAGCUGGCUGGACACUUCAGGAGCGACCAACCCUCUUGCCGGAAUGUUCCCUACGACGCAGCCAAAUUCGGAUACUGAUCCACCUCCAUCUAUGACCACAGACCCGGACGAAGCUUUGGAAACUCUGUUACACACCGUGAUUCAAGACCUCCGGCCCAGGCGAGUUGUCCCAACCGAAGAGCAGGGAGUGUCCCGUCCGGGCUCUCGGUACCAGCGGUGUCGGCCAGGGUCUACAUUCACUGGGCCUGAGCAAGCAUUUUACGAACUGACGGCCCAGCUCGCAGCUGUUUCGGAACAAACGCUGCUCCGAGCUGUCUCGCACACCGAGACUCGGAUUGAACGGUUCUUGGACGACCAGAAACUCCCCGAAGACUUUCGCGAGAGCGGCCCGGAUGCGUUGGAUGGCGAUGUGCUGGAUGACCUGGACGAACAGAUGACAGAUCUGGUCAUGGGUGAUGGUAUGGAGAUGUAG